AUGGCGGAAACAGGUGAUUGGCAAUUUCACUGACUCUCUUUCUUUUCCUUUGAUCUCGUUUUUAAGUCGAUUUUCUCGAAUACUUCUUUCUCAUUUAUAUAAAUCCCUUAUUAUUGCUGUAUUGUAACGUACUUUGUUCGAUGUCCUAGCUAAGAAAGCUAAAAAGAAAAAGGGGAAGACUCUUGCCCUGACUGAGUUCUUGGCCGAUGAUGGCGAAAAUGGAUCGUCCUCUGUAUCUCAUGCGGCCGUAUUCUCCGCUCGAUCAACAAGCUGGGCCGACGAAAGCGAGGAACUUAACACUGAAGGUAUGAACAGCGUUUGGGUACUAAUUAAAGUAGCUGUUGUUUUGAAAAAAAGUAUCCCAGGGACUUACAAAGUGUUCAUUUCGCAACGGCACGUAGAUCCGGCCUACUUAACAAUCUAAUGCAUGCAUGGUUUAAGCACCGUACUAAAGCGGUUACAAUUUUGUUAACUAUAGUUGGAGAAUAAUGUAAUUCGUACCUAGGUCUUCCGAUCUUCACAAAAGCCUGUUUUUUUUAUAUAUAAACGCCGUUGCGAAAAAAAAUAGUCCCGGCGGAUUGUGAAACCUUGCUCGCUGGUAAUUGUCGCAACUACAAGUAGAUUAAACUUUUUGGUUUCAAGUAGACUAGAUAUCUGCUGUGAAAAGACCAGGACCUAUUUUUUCCCUCGAGUUUUAUGAUUUAAACGUAUUGGUUUAAUCGUGUCAUACAAACUUCCAGAAAUUAGUAUCGUUUUGCAUCAAAGGAUAGCACUAAACAACUGUCCAAAGAAAUGAGGAAUGACUUUGCGUUAUUGAGUUUAUUUACAACCUUCUUUUUCGAUUUGAAGGUAGAUUUCACCGAUUUGAUUAUUUAAACUAAACAAUGUUCACCUCAUUGAAGAUUCCAAACACAAAAUAUUAUUAAUAAGUAACAAAGAUCCUUAAACAGUUUAUUACUCGGCUGGACGUUGCAUAUAGUUCAUUUAUGGAGCGGCUUCAUUUACUAUUAAAGAUGACGUGUCUAAAAUGUCACAUGUACUUUCCUGAAUUGAAUUAAAGGAAAAUUCACAUAGAGAAGUAAAACUUUUUAUCAUAAUUUUAUAAGAACUGUUUUACUUGGUAGAAAAUGCAGAUGAGAAGUUUUAUCACUGACUGGUGUUAUCCAACCAUGCCUGUGUUGACUGAUUCCAUGUAGAGUUUACUUUUUGUUUAUUUAUUCAUUAAUGUUUUGUUGUACAUUAUCCUUCCCACUUUUCAAAGUGGCUUUCAUUAGAAGUUAAGAAAAAAUCCAAAUUUCUGUCAAGUGGGUAUUAUCAUGAGAGAGUUCUUCUGUAAGGGGUUUAAUUGAUUAGUCACGUUGCUUGAUUUCAUUCAUAAUCAUAACUAUAACAAAAUUCUCAAAUCUGAUUGGCUAUCAACUGCCCUGAUUUCAGCCUUAAUUGGACAAUUUAAUAGGACAGUACGCGUCAUGCCUAAGUAAUUGGACAGUACGCGCCAUCACACGUGCGCUUAAAUGUCUUUUUUUCACUACUAGCAAAAGAAAAUUGGAAUUUCUUCUGUUUUGAUUUUAAAAAAGGACCGUGUAUAUCACAAAUUUUGUUACAGUUAUGAUUAAUUGGUAACAGAACUUCAUGUCGUCCAAUUCAGUCUUUAAUCAUAACUAUAACAAAAUUCUCAAAUCUGAUUGGUUCUCAACUGCCCUGAUUUCAGCCUUAAUUGGACAGUUUAACAGGACAGUACGCGUCAUGCCUAAGUAAUUGGACAGUACGCGCGCGCUUAAAUGGCUUUUUUUUUUUCAUUGCUAGCGAAAAAAUCUUGGAAUUUCUUGUGUUUUGAUUUAAAAAGAGCCCUAUAUAUCACAAAUUUUGUUAAAUUUAUGAUUAAUUGGUAACAGAACUUCGUGUCGUCCAACUCGGUCUGUAAUCAUACUCGUGAUUAAACAAAUCGGACUCCCGCUACGCGGUCGUCCGAUUUUGUUAAUCACUCGUCUGAUUACAGACCGAAUUGGACUCCACUCAGUCCUGUUACCAUUACUAAUCAUACUUGUGAUUAAACAAAUCGGACUCCCGCUACGCGGUCACCCAAUUUUGUUAAUCACUCGUAAGAUUACAGACCAAAUUGGACUCCUCUCGGUCCAGUUACCAUUACUAAUAAUAAUAAUUCUUUUAUUUACCCUUGGCAGUAUUUAUAGCACUUAUGCUAGUGGGGCCGAGCGAAUGACUGAAACAAAUAAUUUAAAUCAAACAUAACAGGGUUGAGAAUCCCAACUGGCUGGAGGCAAACCAACUGGCUACUUACAAGCAUGACCAAGGAUUUGAACUCGGGACUACCAUGAACAAAUCCAGCUAGAGACCAGGGUGGGACUUGAACACAGGUCUCCGAAUUGCAAGUCCGGCGCUCUAACCGCUUGGCCACUUUGCCUCAUACUAAGAGAGUACACAGUAAAUGCUCUUUUUCUCCUGUUUUACCCUUUCAUUACUAAAAGAGGCCUAAGUUGAAAUGCUGCUGAAGAAUGAGUGGCUUUUACAUUGAUUUUGUUAACAUAUUCAAAAGUUAGAACUACUGUCAACUCUUUCUUAAGGAAUACCUCUAUAAGACAGAUGCCUCGUAAAUACCGACACCUAGUGUUGGUCCCGUCCUCCCUGCCUUUCCUUACUCCUUUUAGUUGGCUCUCUUUACAGGCUGGAUUUCACUACGGACGGACUCGGAUCGAGUCAGAGUCAUAAGCGGAGUCGUAAGAGCGCUUAUGACCUAGUGAAAAUAAAAAAUCGGAGUCGUAAGCAGAGUCAUAAGCGCAACGGAGUCUGAGUCAGUAUAAUCAAAACGUUUAAAUUUCUUCUGACUCCACUUUAGGACUCCAUCGCUUAUGUUCUGCUUAUGAUCUAGUGAAAACCAGACUGUCAGAAGCAGGAGUGGAAGGAUAAACCAAUCACAAUGCACAUUCCCACUCUUUGUGAUUGGUUUAGUUCUUCUGCUUCUGCUUCCGACUCCAACAAUCUGGUUUUCACUAGAUGAUAAGCGGAACGUAAGAGACAGAGUUGUAAGCGGAGUCAGAACGCUGUUUUCGCCAGAUCAUAAGCUCUUACGCUUCUGGUUAUGACUCUGACUCCGACUCCGUCGCUCAUGAAAACCAGCCUUAAGAUGGACAUCUUUAUAAGACUGACACAUCUUGCCAGUAACAGAGAGUUGACUGUACAUAGAAUUUCACCCCAACUUUAUCUCGUCCCCUUUUUAUUUUCUUGACAGUUGAUACUGCAUGGCCUGAAGAGGCGUAUGGUGGUGUGUCUACUGACAAAAAACUGCGUGCAGCUAUGGAUAGAGCUGCCUUACCCACUGCCCCUAGGGCAGCUAGAGGUCCAGACAUUGAUACCUCGAAGAUUCCUGAAGGACCUCCCUAUACAGCGUUCCUUGGAAAUUUGUCUUAUGAUGUGGACAAAGAUGAUAUUUUAGAAUUCUUUGGUACUAGCAAGGUACUGUUCAAUUUUUCUUGUAUAGUUUUAUGAAGCUUAGUUGCCAGGUUAUCGGUCAUUUUGUUACAAAGUCGUUUCGAUACAAUAAUCAAUUUCAUUCAGUCAAGGUGUACAUGUAAAUAGUUCCACAUACUUGGCUGAAAGAACGAAGAAUAUUCACCCGAAUGGUUUUUUUGUUCAGGUGCAAACUACAUGUAUUCUUGAGGUGAAUGAAAUUUUUGUGCAGUUUCACUGUUUGAGUUUCUAUGGAAAAGAUUUGUAUUGAAACGAACGGUUUCCAGUAGCCACGGUUAGAGAAAAAUGAACCAUUUUAAAGUUGAAGGGAGAAUAAUUGGGGGAUCAGGCAAAAAGUGAAGGAGAAUCUUACUUCUUGACAAAAUCAGUGAAAGUUAGGAAAUUUCACUUUGUAUGUUUUUACAAUGUUUGCUGAAGGUUGUAAGCUUGUAGAAAACUUGUACUCUAAAUUAUGUGGAAAAAACAUUAGGAUUGAAAAUGAAGAGAUGAAUUCUCAGCAUCUGUAGAGGAAAUGUGAAGAUACGAUGUCAGUGAAAAUUGUUUAAAGGACAUAAAAUUUUCUCGGAAUAGUGAAGGGUUUUUUUUCAUUCGGAAGAGUGACAACUUUGUUUAGUCAACUAAUCUUGUAUUUACUUUUGCCAUUUUAAGGCUGGUUUUCAAUAGCGGAGUCAUAAAUGGAGUCGUAAGAGCACUUAUGACCUAGUGAAAAUCAAAGAUUAGAGUCGUAAGUGCAGUCAUUAGCUUGACCGAGUCAGAGUCAGAAGAAUCAGAAUGUUUCCGUUUCUUCUGACUCCGCUUACGACUGCGUCACUUACCUUCUGAUUAUUAUCUAGUGAAAACCAGAUUGUUGGAGUUGGAAGCAUAAGUGGAAGGAUAAACCAAUCAAGUGCACAUUCCCACGAUUUGUGAUUGGUUUAGUUCUUCCGCUUCUUCUUCCGACUCUUACAAUCUGGUUUUCACUAGAUCAUAAGUGGAACAUAAAUGACCGAGUCUCAGGCAGAAUUACAACACUGUUUUCUCUAGAUCAUAAACUCUACGCUUCUAAUUCUGACUCUGUCGCUAGUGAAAACCAGCCUUUAGAAUUAAAAAUUAAAUAUUAAAUCCUUUACUACAAAGCUAAGCCUCCUCUUUCUAGUCUUAUUUUCCACCUUUUUGGAAAAGGAUAGUAAUUGAGCUUCAUCCUCCUGUAAUACCCUCCUCUUACGGGCAAUUCACAUGGUACCAGAGUGACUUUCAUUUUAGAACAAGAUCAUUCCAUCUCCAUUAUGUCUCUGUAUUUGUUUACAUGUACAUGAUACCAAAAUGACAUUUUGUUCCCAUACAAGUCAAUCCGGAAUGAUUUCAUCCUGGUUUUCAAUCCCAAUGAAAUUGUCAUUCUGAAACUAUUUUGGUAUCCUGUAAACUGAAAAUGAACUUUGUUCCGGUUUGAAAAUUGCAAAUCAAGUAGUCUGGGGUGAGUGGCGCAUGCAUAUCUGAUCUGGCAUGAAAACCACGCAAGAAAGAAUUCCUUUGGCUGAGCCGUUGGAUUUUGUCAUGUAAAUGCAGUCCGAACUUCACUCUGUGACGAAACUCAUUCUGGUAUCUUAUAAAGGUAGCCCCUUACAACGUUUCCGUAAUAACACAAGUGAUGAUCAAUUGAAUGCAUUCAUGUAAAUGAGUCACAAAUGUGAUGCUCCACGUGCAUGGAUCAAAGUAUGGUACAUAGACAUGAUCAACUCAAUUAUUCAAACCACGUGAGACUUUGAGACAUACAUUUUUCUUCUCAUCCAAAGCAGGAUUGUUACAUGGUUCCUACAAUCUUGAAAAGGUCUUGAAUUUUACUAGUCGUCUUGAAAAGUCCUUGAAAUUCACAACUUUAUCUAUGCCAGACAACUUUUUUUCUUUAAAAUUAGAUUAUUUUGCAGAGGAAAAUUUGGCUCAUCCUUGGUAUAAGAACCUGUAAAACUCACAGAUAAAGUAAAAACAUUUUUGUGCAUAAGCAAAACUGUAUUACUGUUUCUUUUUUUCAAAUGCUAUUUCUGUACCUCAGAUGCAAUUGCAAGUCAUACCCAGUCAUUUUGCAAAGUGUUGUUGCGGAAAGUAGUAUAAAAUAACGUGAUCAACGAAGGCCAAAGAAGCAAAACUCAUAAAUGACUCCAUGACUUUAUAUUUUAGCCAAUUGGGUGAUCAAAGGAGGUUAAAGAAUGCUGAUUUAUUACAGAAAUCUUACUCCUUGAAAAACCCUUGAACUGUCCUUGAAAUUUGUCUGUCAGAAGUUGUACAAACCAUGUGUUAAAUGACAUCACCCCCCUCUACCCUGUUGCAAACAUGCUUAAGAAAAUUAUCCAGUAGUUUUGUUGAUUAGGACUUACCAGAUGACUGAGAUUGUUCUUCUUUUUUUCACAAUGUUUUCAUUCAAAAAAUUUAUAGUGUUCUUAAUUGACAAACAUUUAAGUUGGCACACAGGGCCAGGGUUCUCAAUAGAAGGCGGCACCCGGCGAUUGAUCGCCGCUUACUUUGGGAUUUAUGGCCGCUUACUUUGUGUUUAAGUCGCUUUUCUUUACUUUGUUUUGACACCUCUGGCUUUGCUGAAGAGCCUCCUACUUUAUCAGUGAUCACCUCCUACUUAAAAAUCUAUUGAGAACCCUGACAGGGCACCUUAUUUAGUAAGGGACAUGUCGUUAACUUUUCAUGAUAGAUUACAGAAGUGCGUCUGCCCCAGGAUAACAAUGGACGACUCAAAGGAUUUGGUUAUGCUGAGUUUGCAGACAAGGAAGCCCUUUUAGCAGCUCUCACACUGAACAAUGAGGUAACAUUUUUGGCUCAUGAAACAAAGUUCAACGGAAUUUUUUUUAACUACCUUGUAUUCCUGGGAUUGACAGGGAUGCUCACUGUCUUGUCAAACUUUGGUCUCACUUUUGGUGUUUAGGAUGGGAUGGAAAGCUAAUAUUGCCUUCCUUGAAAGCUAAUAUUGCCUUCAAAAACAAACAAACUGUGUGGGAACAUAAUCUCCUUUGGGGGUGAAACGAACUCUCAGCCACGAUCAGAUAGGUCUCUUUGAGGGAUUUACUUUUUAAUUUCCAACAAGCUUCUUUGUUGAGCCAUAAAUCAGAUUAAGAUGGAUACACCUCGUGGUGAGGUAGAUAAUACACCUUGUUCAAUUGUCCAAUUGUGGUGCAAAAAACCCUAAGAAGGUAUGUACCAAAGUGGACCCACUGUUGUAAUUUCUUACCUGUCAAAGGUAAUGGCAAAGAGUCACUUUUUUAUGGUGGUAGCUCGAAAUAGUCAUUAUCUCUCACAAACCUUGGGCAUAUGGUGGGUGCAUUUUACUACCUUCUUUUCCAUCACUGUUCCAUUUUAUGGUUUAAUACUUAAAGCUACUCAGAAAGGAAAGAAGAUGAAGCAACAACUCGAAGUCACACCUGGGAAUUGAAGUAACAUACUACAGUCAACUCUUGCCUUGCAGACACCCCACUAUAAUGGACACCGUGAUAAUACGGAAUGCAGCAAAUACCCAAGCAGAGAUACUGUAUUGCAGACGUUUGACUGAAAUAAACUCCCGCUAUUACGGACUCUCGCUAAAGAGGACACUAACUUGAGGUCCCUACAGUGUCUGCUAUAAAGAGAGUUGACUGUAUACCAAUAAUUGUUCCUAAACAAAAGCUGAGCUGCACAAUAAUAUUGUUUAAUAAAGCAACUGGCAAAACUAGCAUUUAUUUUUUGGAGUUAUUAAGAGCCAAGAUACAAGCAAAUGUGUCACUUGUUUAAUGUUGUUGUUUUCUUUUCCCCAGCAUCUCAAGAACCGAAGAAUAAGAGUUGAUAUUGCAGGACAGCAGCAACAACAAGGUGAGGAAUUAUCUUUAUAUCUUCAGUGGCUCAAUAUAAUGUUAUGAAACUCUCUCUGUACCCUCAGUUAAGUUUUCCUUUAACUUUUGAGUUUGUGAAUGAAAUCUUAUGCUGUGACCAUUCAAAUGAAAGCUACUGAACAGAAUACUUUCCUGUGGUGCUGUUAAUUAUGCUGUACAAGGUGGUUCUAACUUUUAAGUCUGUAGAUGAAAUCCUCAAGUGUGACCAUUCAAUGACUGCUACUGAGCAGUACUUUCAUGUGGUACUGUUUAUUAUGCUGUACAAGGUGAUUCUAACUUUUGAGUCUUUGGAUGAAAUCCUACAGUUUUCCAUUCAAAUGCGUAGUACAGGAGGGCAUGUGAGCAUUGACCUGAAUGCUACUUAACAGAGCUUUUAUUUGAAUAAUGUUUGCUGUGCAGCAUUUUUGAAGUGAAAUUUGGACUUUCCCUGAUUUUGAUCACGUUUUCCACUACUAGAUCGCGAGAGAGGCGACAGGGACGGUAGAGGCAGCGGCGAACCUGACCGUACAGAGAGUGACUGGCGAAGUAAACCCGAGCCUCAUCCGAAUCAAAAUGGAUAUAACGACAGGGAACGACGUUAUGACGAUGGCCCCCGAGGAGGGUACGACAGUGGACCUCGGGAUAGAUGGGGACACCGAGGUGAUGACGAAGGGCCUUACCGCGAUAGAUCGGGCUUUGGAGGGUACGACGAUCGACCACCACGUGACAGAUCGGGUUUCCGAAGUUAUGACGAUGGACCUUCUCGUGAUAGAUCGGGUUACAAAGGCUAUGAUGAUGGUCCCUCUCGAGGAUUUGGCAGUGGAUGGGGUGAUAGGUACGCUCACAGUAUUUGAUUGUUGCAAAUUUUACACUUUGAUCGUAUCCCAGAAUAAGAAUAAUAUAAAGUUUUGUCACAAAUCUCUUCUACCGUGAUUUUUGGACCAUUUAACUUUAUAUUUCAUUUCAAGCAGUUUUUUAAAUUGCAAAACAAUGAAAGCAAAGACAAUCGAUUUCUAGAGUUUAUUCCUUCAAUUCUUAUUCCGGAAUACGGCCAAUCGAACACACCCUUAAUUGUCACUAAUUUUCAGGUGUACUGUAAGUUAUGGAGGUUAUUUCUCACUCUAACUUUUAAAUCUGUGGACGACAUCUUUUGGUGUCAUCUUUCAAAUGAAACCCUUAUGUCUUUGGAAUAGUUUCUUCAUUAUGAUAAUUAGUAUUAUUAUUAAUUCUAGGGUCUGUACAAAGAGAAAUUUUCGCGAUUCCGUUAUACAUGCGUUCUACUUCGUCGUUUUGUCACCGUAUCAAUCUCUUAAACGAAGAUCUAAAUGUGAGAGCAAGCUCUCUGGGAGGUGUGGCGGAAGCGGAAGAAUUACACCCCGAACCCCCCUUCCCCCCCAGUGAGUAUGUUCCAACAUUUAGGUCUUCGUUUAAGAGAUUUACACGGUGACAAAACGACUGAGGACUCAUUUAAAUACGAAAUUUUCAUCCAUUAGCUGGACAAAAUGAAAAAAUUCAAUUUUGAAGAGUACUAGCAUUAAAAUUUGGUUUCAAACAAAAGACAGUCAGAGCCUGAGACCAGCCUCCUUAGUCGGGUAAACUGGGGAAUAACGGGGCGAGCGCGAACCCAACGGGGGAUUGAGGCGGCCGCCGCCCUUUCCCCCUCCCCAGUUCCUCCCUAGACUUUUUUGCGCCCCGUUUUUUGCCUAAUAAAUGCGCCAGUCCUAGCAAACAAACUGACCUUUUUUUUUGUUGUUACCUGAUAGUUUUAUCAAGUUUCUUUCUCUGCAUAGAACUAUUAGUACCUCGACCUUGAAUAUGAAUGACAACAGGUUUCGGGGCCCGUUAACUAUCAGGACUUUGGAGAAACGGGCCCCAGGCCCCUGUUGUUCAAAGGUUGGACAGCAAUAUCUACUGCGGGAUAAAUCGCUAUCCGCCGGUGGAUAGUUGUCAGAAAAAAUCAAUUGCGUUAUCCACUGGAUAGAGGCUAAUCUAGAGGACAGCACUAUCCAGUCGUUGAAAAAUUGGGGCUAGGCUCAUUGGUGGGGCAAAAAACUUUAGAUUUGAAUUUUAAUAUUUCGACCCCGAACAGUCUCCGGGAUUCUCGAGAAACGGGCCCAUGGUCGAAGACCUGAGAGGUUACAUGAUUUUUGUUCUUGUUUUUUUUGUUGUUGUUGUUGAGCGAAGUGGCAAAUUCUGUCAUUAACUGGUAAUUUUUACCCUGCAUCAACACAGGCAAGAUGACUAUGAGCGAGGCAACGAUCGAUAUGAUGGUUAUGGCCGAGAUAGACCCGACAGUCGUCGGUAUGGGGAUCGAUAUGGCGGCGACCGUGAUCGUGGCGGCGGUUUUGGCCGAGAUCGCUACGACGAUCGUCGAGAUCGGUUUGGCGGAGAUCGUGAUCGCUUUGGUGGAGAUCGCGAUCGUUAUGGCGGAGAUCGCGAUCGGUACGGCGGAGAUCGCGAUCGGUAUGGCGGAGAUCGUGAUCGGUACGGCGGAGAUCGUGAUCGGUACGGAGGAGAUCGCGAUCGUUAUGGCGGAGAUCGUGAUCGGUAUGGAGGAGAUCGCGAUCGUGGCGGCGGAUAUGGCCGAGACCGGUACGAUGAUCGUCGCUAUGACGACCGCCGAGGUGGUGAUCGGUAUGGAGACAGAGAUAGGAGGCAUGACAGUUACGAUGACCGUGACUCAGAUACGUGGCGUGACAGUGAUCGUGGUCGCGAUGCGAGAAGCGAUUUUGAUAGAGACGAGCGCGAACCAGGUAGUAACAGAUUAAUCAUAUAUUUUGUUUUGAAACUAAUUACUAUUUACUGUCCUAUUACUGGAGCUACGAAACUCUCAGAAACCUCCCCUUUCAUUAAACUUCUGUUCAGCUCCCUUUUCACUGCUAUUGUUGUCAGGGCUAGAGACACUGUUUUUGUUAUUAAUCACACAUAGUUGCCCCAUUGUUGCGACAUUGUGUCGAUUAGUUGCUACAUUGUGCCAACAUUGCAACGCUACGUUGCGUUAAAAAUCUUUGUUGCGAAUCGUCCCGUUCAACAUCACCUUUAGCUAAUUGAACAACUCGUUCUGAAAGCUUUGUAGAGCUCCUCCGAUUAAUUGAGUAAGUGAGAGUUCUGAGGAUAUAUGCAAUAUGGAUUAAAAAUUCGUUCUCAUGCUGUUAUUGUGGAUUUCAGAUUGACAAAAAAAUUACGUGCAAAAGUAUAUUAAGUUCUCUGCGGUAUGUUUGUGCUGGUCAGUAUAGUUCUGGAAGGAAGAAGUCGUAUAACUGAUCGUACACAAUCCUCUCGAACACUUUGGCGACUACGGAAAUGAAAGAUUUGAUGGAGACGUCAACUAAUGUUAGGCAACAAAAAAACACUUCCUUUAAAAACUAAAAUCUGAACCCUGGAGAUCAGUCUGGGCCAGAAAACGCAUCCAAAUCACAAAAUAACUAAUGAGAAUUUGACUUUGAAGGCGGUUGUAUUGUUUUUCAUUUGCAGUUAGAGAAAGACCCAAACUUCACCUACAGCCCCGAACUAAACCAUUAGAAGAUAAAAGCGGGCCUGUCUCUGGCAGCUCCGUAUUUGGUGGCGCCAAACCAGUUGAUACGGCAGCCAAAGAGCGAGAGAUUGAAGAAAAGCUCGCUCGACAAAAGCUUGAAGAGGAAACCAAGCUUGCUAGAGAGAAGGAGGGACAGAAAGAGCGCCGAGAGCGAGAGGACUGGCCACGUAGCUCCAGCAGCAGGCCCCGUCGUGACAGCAAUCGCUCAAAUGAAGGUGAGCGUGGUGCGAGGGAACAUAGGGAUAGCUCUGAUUAUCGAAGCCGUCGUGACAGUGGGAGGUCCAGUGACGAGGGCACUUCUAGUAAGGACACUGAGGCUCCUUCUCGUGACAGCCCGCGUGGAGGUGGGAAAGAAACCAAGGAGACCCCUAAAGAGCCCCCUAAAGACGCCCCUCCGCCUGCUGUGAAUGUAUGGGCGAAAAGGAUGGAGCAACAGAAGGCAGCUUCUGCGACAGACGCCACCGAGGCUAAGAGCCCCACAAGAGAGCACAGAGUGGAAAUUAAUGUGGACAGUGCUAGUAUGUCAGUGACUUCUCCUCCUCCUCCCACCUCCCCUGAGAGGAAGGGAUUUAGCAAACCACCUGGUCCGAAAAGAGAGUUCAGUGGUCCCCCAAGGGGGAGAGGGAGAGGAGGGGAAAGGUCAAGUACACAUGCCCCUGCGGGGAGAGGGAUUAAAAAGGACAGAAGAGAACGCAAAUCUGCGGAGCCCAAGAAGUACGAGGAAGCGCCACAACCGGUAAGUCCCAGCACAUGUGUACUACAUCCUUGGCGAAGUUCUUUUUAAAAUGAAACUCCUUGUGCCUUAUGAUGGGUUAAUAGUCGAGAGAGUGUUUUCCUAAAGUUGUCGAGUAAAUGGUAGGUGCUGUUGAUGUAAAAGCAAGUUUUGCUUAGCGUUCGGAGAGAAUCUCUGCCCUCCGAAUAAGUAACGGAGCCUGCAGAUAGCGGGAAAAUGGCCAAAGAAAGAAAAAAAGGAUUUUCAAAAAUAGUGAUGAGUAAAUGCACACAACUGAUAGGCCUAAGAUUUUUAACAACAGAAUAUGUCUCAAUAGAUGACAUAAAAAAGUAAAAAAGGUACUUUAAGCGUCAGAGGGGUGCUAAAAAGCCCGAGUUUUUUAUUUUUCUUUCGCGUUGUGUCUCUCUGAAAGUUACAUUCUGCUGCCUAGAGUAAAAUGAGAAGAUUGUGCCAAGGCGCUUUUUGAGCUACGCACGUCAACAGGAAGAGGCCGUUUGUCUUUUCAUAUACCUUGAUGCUGAUAAAUCUUUGUUACAUAGUGUCUCUACUCUUACAGAGACGACUUUUCCGAAAAUCUGGGCUAAACCCAUACCCAAGAAUGCAAAAAUCCCACUUCUGGUUAACGCCCGUCGCUCAAAAACGUCUUUGUUCCUUAUUGUUUGGAUUAAAGCGGAAUCAUGACUUCGUUUUCUUCGCUUCGCGGCAAUAAACGAUAUUUAAUGAGGAAAAUGAGGCGCUUGCGCAGAAAAGGUUAGCAAUGGAGAAGAGAAAGCGAUGAAAGCUACUGAGAUUCUAAACCGGCGUAGCCAGUAAUGCAAACAGUUUCCUCUCACUCGUCAGAUAUGUUACUCUCCAAAAGAUGAGGCAAAAUGUUCUAUACGACAAUUUUCCUUCGUUAAUUCUUCCCCAAGAGUUACGCCAUAUUUGUCACAUAAUUCCGAAAAGAGCAAAUUUGUUUUAUUAGCAAUGACUCGUCUAUAAUAAUCCCGAAUGUGUUCCUACUAUCGAAAGCACUCUUCGCCUUGCUCAUGACGACCUACAGUAACUUGGUCAAUUAGAUAGUUGAUGUUCCUGGAUUCAAAACGUUUACCACUGAGUUGCUUUGUCGCAAGGUCGUGCAAAAAUCUUGAUUAGUCCAUUUUUACGUCUUUUUCGACAGGUCUUUCACAAGGCGAGCAAAUUCUCCGCGCUUCUAGUUGACAAUGAAGCAGCCGAAGAGGACACAGAACAAUUUGAAGGAGAAGAAGAAACGUGAUGAAAAGACAAGAUUUGAUCAAAUGAAUACCUCAAACACCUCACCAAGGCGGCGCAUGAUAACGACGGAAACCUCUGGCAUUGUGUGCUCACUUCUGAGUUCACCAGCAAGCGUGUUUCAUAAAAGUUGAACUUUAAUAUAUUUUGACUUUGUGGCCUUGGUGAGGUCGCAGUAAUUUUUAACUUUGAUGAUAUUUAAAUUUAUUUCUUGAAGGACAUUGUCCUUUCACAGUUUUUGCCGGAUAGACUUGUAAUGCACAGCCUCCUUUGAGGCCCAACAAUCCUUCGGUGUCUCGCAAAUUACUUUGUCACGCAAGGCUUCUCUCUGCAAGUAUUGCGUCACGUUGAUGAUCCUUAGGAAAGUGCAAGUAAUAUUAUGAGAAAACAGCACGUGUUGCAAUUGUCGCCAGGUAACCGUUGUCAAGGUUACUUAGAAAUGAGUAUUUUUUUGUCCUUGCAAAUGUUCUAAGUGGUAAUUGGUUGUUGAAAAAUAAUCGUCUAGAAAUUGUAACCUGAGCCGGUUAUCCUGUAAAGGAAGGUGACGGUGAAGAUUUCAUGGUGAAGAAAAAAAAUUCUCGCUUCAAGGUUAACUGAAGUGUUCUUAAUCUCUAUUCUAAGUCAUUGGAAAAAUGAGUUCAUGAUUUUAUGUCAUUGCAAGAUAAACGUGAAUAUGUACUAAAAGUGAACUGUUUUGGUCUCCUCAAUGUUCCGUCGGUUACCUUACGCUCAAUUAAUAGGGACCUUAAGAUGCGACGACAGGGACGGCAACUGGAGCGCAAAAAAAGCAAUAGGUUAAGAUUAGCAAAACAACAACUUUGCACGUGCAUCACGCUUUUUUGUACAUUUCUUUGCCGUCACAGCACGAAUACGGCGUGAAAAUGCCUAAUUUCACAUUUUAUGGAGGACGUAAACAAGCUACUAAGAAAUUUUCUUUCUCUUUCUGAACUUGGAUAUGCUUUUUAGGAAUUCAACUCCCAGGAGAGUUCGUCUAAAUUUCACAAAGUAAGUUAGUUGGAACUGUCGCGAUGAAGAUUGAAUGAAAGCGAAUUCACUUUUUAGGCGAUGUUUUCGCGGCCAUCGCCUUUGUCGGAUCUGAAGGUCCCAAAUAAGAAGCUGAAGCGACGCUGACGGUGUCGGCGACGAAAGCAUCACUUAAAAAGUGAAUCUGUUCCUUUUCAAACUUCAUCGCUCUUAUUCGAUCUCGUUCAAUUUUAUCAAAUUUUGGCGAAUUUUUCUGAAGUUUAUGAAUUCCAAAAGAAGCUUAUCUAAGGCCUAUACCAAACGUCGAACUAUUCAUGUAACGAACGAAACUCCAAUUUGGGUCGACCUCAAUUAAGUCAAGUUCGUCUGUUGGAUCAGACGUCGAACGUAGGACCCGUCGAACCAAUCAACUGAAAAAGACCAAAAAGCAAUUUUAGCCGAACGAGGCUAAAUAUACAUUCUCAAAUUUUUAAUUCACUAGUUUAAUUCGUCGCAUGUAAAGAUCGACGUUUGUCGCGGAGACGAUCUUCAGACGUCUGAAGCAGACGGAUAGAACGUGUUGGACGAUCCAAACUCAUUCAGACGAACUUAACUGAGCCACACGUCCAACUUUUCAUGAGUUCGGUUAGUCUCGUGAAAAGUUCGACGUUUGACCUAGGCCUAAUGAUGGCUGAACAGUUCUGAUUAAUAGGGAAUUCUCUACACGACUGUACUGGUUGGCAAGCCGGUUCUGACAAAAUGGAUUGUAAGUGCCCU